AUGGUUCGCCUCUUUACCAGAACUUAUCUAGACGAUAGCUUGCUACUUUUGUUAACAGAGGGUCUCAAUACAGGAGCAAUAUCGGCAGACUGCAUUCCUGUGAGAGUUUUGCGCUGCGCAGAUCGAUGUUUGCAUUCCGCAGUUCAUGGAUACAGAUGUGCAGCUAUAGGAUUUCAUGUUGCACGCGUCAUGAGCACAAAUCAACCAAAUUACUUCAAGACGUUUGCCGUUCACGUUCUCCUGAGCCAUUUUGUGUUUAGUAAAAAUAUUGGAAGGCCUGACUCAACAUCAUUGUUAGUCUUGGAGCGUUUAUUGUGUCAGAUGACCACGGAUAUGGAUUCACGUGUCCGUCUAUCUGCGAUAGAAGGAUUAUCACUUUUAAGCGGUGUCGAAGAUGGUCUCACUAUUCAUACCUACAAUACCGUCAAAAACUCGGUCGGAGACUCUCACAGACAAGUACGAAUUCUCGCAUUACGUAUCUUACUGGUUUUUGCGAACAGGAUGCCAACACUUACUUUUUCGAAAUCAUCCGACGUAAAGUUACAACUAUGUGAUGACGCAUUCUCAAUUGUAUGUGAUGCAGUAAAUGACCAGGAGGUGAUGGUGAGAACGGAAGCAGCUACUAUUCUCGGAGAGUUCCAGAUCGUGUCGGACUUCUUCUUAGAUCAGACCCUUGACAAGAAAAUGAUGAAAACUGUCCAGGAUUCUAGCGGUAGGGAGCAAGUAAAGAAAGUUCAUCAGUCACGGUUCGCUAUAACGCAAGGACCUCAACAGUCUGCGAGAGAAUCUCGAUGGAAGUCUAGUCAUUUGGGAUACCAACGGCAGAAGGCGAGUACAAGUAGUGAGUGGUCAUCCGGAAAGGAACUCAAUGCUCGUUGUCCUCCAAGCGAGUCUGCUGCAGCUCAGGACGAUGAAUCGGAGAGCAUAGUUCCUCGUGGUGCCUGUGGUGCUUUCGUUUCGGCAUUAGAAGACGAAUUCAUGUGUGAGUUUGGGUUUGUUCACUGGUUUUAUUCUCAAAAUACAAAGGAGCAACUGGAAACUGUGCUGAAAUGCCUUGAUGAUGCCAUUGUAGAUUCUCGACAAGCAUUACGCGAUCUCUUGGCAAAAGCUGAGUUUGCCGAUGCCGAAUGUAUGAGAAUUUGUUCAAGAGCGUUAUUGAAUUGUUUGCAUCGCUUCCCCGCUGACAAAAAUCAGAUAUAUAGAUGCUUGAGCGAAGUCGGUGCUCGUCAUGCUGUGUUUGUUCAUGGAAUGGUUCGAGAACUUCUUGGUCUUCAUCUUGUGUAUGACACGAGAGAACAACAAAUAGACGAUGUCUUUUAUAUCGCAAAGCUUAUACUGGUGUUGAAUGCGGCGGCCAAUUACGAGCCUAUUGUUUCUCUUCUGCCUGAGUGUGUUUUAAAGCAUUACCGAUUUCUUCGCGCAGCUGCACCCGAUCUAGUAGCGCCUAUAAAGUGCCUUCAACGAGCCACUAGCCGGUGCUGCUCGUUUAUUGCGAGCUUAUGUGAAAUAAGUUCUGCUUUGGAAUCACUCACUCAAGUUGUGCUUCGAGGCGGUGGAGAUAUUAAGGAUGCAUCCAACCUUGUACAUCAAGAGUUGGUUCGAAUACGUUGCGCAGAGCAUCAGUUUGCGGGGCUCCCACCGGAAAUGCUCUCAUUCUUAAUCGAAGCAGGAAUGUUCCUGUCAUUACUGGAACAGCUUGUGGAGAUGACUCUUAAUCCUGAACGUUAUGCUCAAAUUGUUUUGAACAUUCGCGCUGUCAUUGAGGAAGCAGAGAAUCGGUGGGCUGUAAAUGGAGAACCUUGCGAACAGGCUAUAGCUUUGAUAUCUGCUAUUUUGGAUCCUUUGGAACGUGUCACAGCAGAGACUAAAAAGAUUCUCUCUGUUGGUACAUUCGGUCAUUUGUUGGUAACGCACGCUCCGUUUCUACCCAGUUCCUUCCCUGACGUGGGGAAGAUUCGAUCGAAAUGGGCUCAGAUUUCUGAACCAAAUCGAGAUGUUGCAAUUGAGAAGCCAAUUUGUUUCGUUGCUGGUUUACCUUGCGCUGUAAAAUUUGUUGCUUCCCUUCACAACCUUUCCCAAAGCGACCUACGCAAUCUACGGGUACAGGUCGACUAUCCUAAUAACACACGUGGCUUUUUCCGACCUCUGACCACCGAUAUUUCAAAGGAAGGGGACCGUGUGUCAUCUUUGGUGCUGAUCUCGUCCUCAGAAGCAUGGAGUGAUGCAGCUGAUGUGACCUUAACUCUGUUCCGCUGCUUGACUCGCCCAGCAGCGCGCAGCCUGCCUCAGUUCGAUUACGAGCCCAUCCGAUGA